GAGAACCAGAAUUUAAAUAUGUUGGGAAUAUGCAUGGGAAUGAAGCUGUUGGAAGGGAGUUGCUCAUCUUCUUGGCUCAAUACUUGUGUAAUGAAUACCAGAAAGGAAAUGAAACUAUUAUCAACUUGAUCCAUAGCACCCGUAUCCAUAUCAUGCCAUCUUUGAACCCGGAUGGUUUUGAGAAGGCGGCAUCCCAGCCCGGUGAACUUAAAGACUGGUUUGUUGGUCGAAGUAACGCCCAGGGGAUAGAUCUAAACCGAAAUUUCCCUGAUCUUGAUAGAAUAGUCUAUAUUAAUGAGAAAGAAGGUGGCCCGAACAACCAUCUGUUGAAAAACAUGAAAAAAGCUGUGGACCAGAAUCCUAAGCUUGCUCCUGAAACGAAAGGGGUCAUUCACUGGAUUAUGGAUAUUCCCUUUGUGCUUUCUGCCAAUCUUCAUGGAGGAGACCUCGUUGCAAACUAUCCUUAUGAUGAGACUCGGAGUGGCAGUGCUCACGAAUACAGCUCCUGCCCUGACGAUGCUAUUUUUCAAAGCCUGGCUCGCAGUUAUUCUUCUUUUAAUCCCGUUAUGUCCGAUCCAAACAGACCACCAUGUCGUAAAAACGAUGACGACAGCAGCUUUGUGGAUGGAACCACUAAUGGUGGUGCAUGGUACAGUGUUCCUGGAGGAAUGCAGGAUUUCAAUUACCUCAGCAGCAACUGCUUUGAAAUCACUGUGGAGCUUAGCUGUGAAAAAUUCCCACCUGAAGAAACUCUGAAGGGCUACUGGGAGGACAACAAGAACUCCCUUAUCAAUUACAUCGAGCAGAUUCAUCGAGGAGUGAAGGGGUUUGUUAAAGAUCUUCAGGGCAAUCCAAUAGCAAAUGCUACUAUUUCAGUGGAGGGAAUAAGCCAUGACAUUACAUCAGCCAAGGAUGGUGAUUACUGGAGAUUGCUUGUGCCUGGAAAUUACAAACUCACAGCCUUAGCACCAGGCUAUCUAGCAGUAACUAAAAAAGUGGCUGUGCCCUUUAGCCCUGCGGUUGUGGUUGAUUUUGAACUGGAGUCAUUGUCUGAAAGAAAAGAAGAGGAGAAAGAAGAGUUGAUGGAGUGGUGGAAGAUGAUGUCAGAAACACUAAAUUUUUAAGUGAAGAUUUUGGCUUUAGAGCUUCUAAUCUAUUAUAUGUUGAUUUAGUAUAAUGUACUGUGGAAAGUCUCUAUAUUCUAGAUUUUGUGCACUUCACAGUAAUUAACUUUGAAUUUUUCAGCCAUCUUUUGAUUAAUAUUAUUACAAAUAACUACUAGCCUCCUAGCUAGACAAGUAAAUUAUUACUUUUCUUUCAUAUUGUUAUAGAAAAUUUACUCUUAUAUACAAAUCAGAAAAAAAUGAGUUAAUUUCUCUGCAGCCUAUAUGGAAGUACAAUCUAUUGUGUAUUAUUUGCAAGUUCAGAAUAGUAGGUUAACUCUGGAUUUUAAAAAAGAAAUAUGCUGUAGUCAAUUCCCAAUACUGCCAGAAAUAUUUGACAGCACAUAGUAGUAGACAGUGCUCUUUUCUGAAUUCUAUAAUGGAUGUUAUUGAAAAGAUUUAUAAUAACAGUGUGUGGUGUAAUAAUGUUUUACAAGGAUUAAAAUUCAGUAUAACAUUUUGUAUGUCUCUGGUGUUGAGGCUAUUUAAAUAUGUAAAAAACAUAAGCUGACUUCAUUUAGGUAAACAGAAUGAAUCUCUGUAAGCUCUUUUAUUACAGAUGGCACAGAAUGAUUUCAGGAAAUAGCAGAGCUUCAUCCCUUAAACUGUUGAUGAUAUUUCAAUAUCAGGUUUUAAUUAUUUCUCAUUACUUAUUAACCAAAUUAGAAAUUCUGAAUGGGUGUAGAAGAGCUUGUGCAUCUUGUUAAUAUGCUGCUGGUGUUUGUUUUACAGCAAGAAAAAAGAAGGUUUCAGGUGAUUUCUAAUUAGAUAACUACCUUUUCAACAA